AUGUCUGUCAGCCAGGUUCAUUCAAGAUACGUAUAUGAUUCAAGAGGUAACCCCACAGUGGAGGUAGAGGUUACCACCGGUAAAGGAGUUUUUCGCGCGAUUGUGCCUUCAGGAGCCUCAACUGGAAUUCACGAGGCUGUCGAGCUGAGAGAUGGAGACUCCGCUAAAUGGGGUGGAAAAGGUGUCUUAAAGGCAGUUUCUAAUGUCAACGAUAUCAUUGGUCCUAAACUUGUCAGCUCAGGCCUGAAGGUUACAGAUCAAAGGGCCAUUGAUGAAUUGAUGAUUAAGUUGGAUGGUACGGCUAAUAAAAGCAAGCUGGGAGCUAACGCUAUUCUCGGGGUUUCUAUCGCUGUAGCAAGAGCAGGAGCCGCUGAGAAGAAUAUUCCGCUAUAUCAACACAUAGCAGGGCUAUUUGGUGCAAACAAAACUCCAUAUGUAAUGCCAGUUCCUUUCUGCAAUGUAUUGAACGGAGGUGAACAUGCCGGUGGGUCAAUGCCAUUCCAAGAAUUUAUGAUUGGGCCAGUGGGAGCCAGCUCCUUUGCAGAAGGAUUUAGAUGGAAUUCCGAAAUCUAUCAUACUCUUAAGAGCUUGGCGAAAAAGAAGCUAGGCCCUUCUGCUGGAAAUGUGGGUGAUGAAGGUGGAGUUGCUCCAGACUUGACCACUGCGGAAGAAGCAUUGGAUUUGAUUGUCGAGGCCAUCAACAAGGCUGGUUACCAGGGUAAGGUCAAAAUUGCCAUGGAUUCUGCUUCUUCUCAAUUUUUCAAAGAUGGCAAAUACGAUCUGGAUUUCAAGAACCCCAACUCAGACCCUUCUAAGUGGCUUUCUGUGAAACAAUUGGCAGAGAAAUACCAUGAAUUGCUAAAGAAGUAUCCACUAGUCUUUUUGGAAGAUCCCUUCGCCGAGGAUGAUUGGGAUGCGUGGACGUACUUUAUGGAAAGUGGUGUAAGUGUACCUAUUAUCGCAGAUGAUUUGGUUUGUACCAACCCUCAAAGAAUUGCUACGGCCAUUAAAAAAAAUGCAGCAAAUACUCUAUUGUUAAAAGUUAAUCAGAUUGGUAGUCUCACUGAAACUUUUGAAGCAGCUCAGGAGGCUUAUGACGCAGGAUGGGGGAUUUUGGUAUCACAUCGCUCAGGUGAAACGGAGGACAGUUUUAUCGCUGACCUUGUAGUCGGUUUAAGAACUGGAGAAAUCAAAUCUGGAGCUCCAUGUAGAUCUGAGCGUCUCGCCAAGUAUAACCAACUUUUGAGAAUCGAAGAGCAGCUGGGAGAUGAUUGUGUUUAUGCUGGUGAAAAAUUCCAUGACGCUUUUAAGAUUUGA